AUGGACCACCAGAUCACCAUCACAUCCCCAGACCACCAGAUCGCCAUCACAUCCCCAGACCACCAGAUCACCAUCAUAUCCCCAGACCACCAGAUCACCAUCACAUCCCCAGACCACCACAAACCAUCACAUCCCCAGACCACCACAAACCAUCACAUCCCCAGACCACCAGAUCACCAUCACAUCCCCAGACCAUCACAACACCAUCACAUCCCCAGACCACCAGAUAACCAUCACAUCCCCAGACCACCAGAUCACCAUCACAUCCCCAGACCAUCAUCACAUCCCCAGACCACCAGAUCGCCAUCACAUCCCCAGACCACCAGAUCACCAUCAUAUCCCCAGACCACCAGAUCACCAUCACAUCCCCAGACCACCAUUACAUCCCCAGACCACCAGAUCGCCAUCACAUCCCCAGACCACCAGAUCACCAUCACAUCCCCAGACCACCAGAUCACCAUCAUAUCCCCAGACCACCAUCACAUCCCCAGACCACCAGAUCACCAUCAUAUCCCCAGACCACCAGAUCACCAUCACAUCCCCAGACCACCACAAACCAUCACAUCCUCAGACCACCACAACAUCUUCAGACCAUCACAACACCAGACCAUCACAUCCAUAGAUCAUCACAACACCAUCACAUACCCUGACCACUGA